UGUAAGCAACCUUACUCAUAUUAAACCCCAACGUUAAGCAAAAAUAUAAAUAAUAAAAAUAAAUUAGUUCUUCCCACAAAUCUUACACUUCAAUUCCAACAAUCUCACUCCCUAAACCCCAUUUCUGAAAACGAACUGAAAGAAAGAAAAAUGGCUUCAAGUAUUGGAAUCAUGGAUUCGGCUUACUUUGUUGGCAGAUCUGAGAUCCUUUCAUGGAUCAACUCCACUCUCCACCUUAAUCUCUCCAAAGUUGAAGAGUCUUGCUCUGGUGCGGUCCAGUGCCAGUUGAUGGAUGCGGUUCAUCCAGGAAUGGUGUCCAUGCAUAAGGUCAAUUUCGAUGCGAAAAGCGAAUACGAGAUGAUUCAGAACUAUAAGGUUCUUCAAGAUGUGUUCAACAAGCUCAAGAUCACAAAGCAUAUUGAGGUUAGCAAACUUGUGAAAGGUAGACCACUUGAUAAUUUGGAGUUCAUGCAAUGGAUGAAGUGGUACUGUGAUUCCAUCAAUGGAGGAGUUCUACACAAUUAUAACGCUUUAGAAAGGAGAGAAGCCUGCAAAGGAGGGAAAGAAGCCAGUAAGAAAUUUGCAGCUUCUCAAUCUUCAGCCAAGAACUCAGUGGCUACAUCUAGAUCUCAAACCUCUCAGAAUGCAAGAAGAAAUGAAGCCACUGCUUCUAUCAACUCAGCAAAUCAAUCAGCAAAAGCUUCAAGGCCUUCCUCUAGUCAUGGAGCAGCUGUAUAUGAUGAACAGAUCACAGAGCUGAAACUUUCAAUUGAUAGUCUUGAGAAAGAAAGAGACUUUUACUUUGCCAAAUUGAGGGAUAUUGAGAUUCUAUGCCAGAGUCAUCAAAUACAGGACUCCAAUGUUGUAAGAGCGAUAAAGAAGAUUCUGUAUGCUGGGGAAGAUGAUGCAUCAGUAGUGGUAGAAGCUCAAGCGAUGGUGUCCAUGGAUGCCCAAAAGGAAGGUAAGACAACAACUGAAGGGAUUUCUGCAAAUAUGGAAACGCAGAAGAGAAAAACUAUUCAAAAUCUUGAUGUUGAUGCUGUGGGGAUUUCAACAUUGUCUCCUAGGCAGAGAAUUUCUGGUGUUUCUGAUGUUCAUUGCAGUAGUUCACCACUGAUGACUUACUGAUUAUGGAUGGAACUCUUCAACAUUCUUUGGAUUUGAUGAACCACAGGAUUUUCUUAAAGCAAUCAUGAAUCAAUUGAUUCAUUUACACUAGUACAUUUUCAUUUUGGGAGAUGAAAGCUUCUGUUUAACAUGGUUUAAACUGUUGUAGAAUGUAUACUCAGACUCUCAGACAAACAAUGAAAGAACAUUUCUCGUUAUUAGAAUAUAUCUUGCUAAACUUGGUUUUAGGUUGCCAA